AUGUCGUCCUCGGAGGGUCUCUCGUACUCGUCGCCGGCCCCUGCCUCCACUGGCAGUGCGGCUGCUGCUGCCGCUGUUCCGUUGACAGCGUCGGCUCUCCUGAGCGACUCGGACUGGGACUCAUCGUCGUCGACGGGCGCUCUACCAAAUGCCACACGCGCCAACAGGUCGAAGACAAAGAUCCGUACCAGGCGCCGGCGGACGUCGUCGCCACGCAAACGUACUCCCGCUGAUGCCGCACCCGAGCAGGCAUCGGUGGCAGAGCUGGUGGCCCGGGCAGGACUGAUGGCGAGCGCAGACGUGUGGCGAAACAGUGGAGCGGCAGAGGUCGACGCUGCGCGGAACGAGCUGCAGGAUCGUCUCGAUCGGUUCGAAGUCCGCAAGGGAGCUCGUCUGCUCGCCGAGGUGUGGGAGUUGGCACUGGCGUCGUUUGCGGCCACGACACGCUUUGCUCCUCCGCUGCUUUGGCUGGAGCGGGUGCUGCUUUCAGCACUGGGAUCGGUUGCUGGCUACUCGAAGCACAACGUGCUUGCAGCUGAGCGGCACUUUUGGCUGCUCAAGACGUACGCCGCAACUGUCGAAGCGCUUCUCCUCCUCCACCGGCUUCUGCUCGCACCGGCGUCGGUCGAGAAUCCGCCGGCACCCACCGGCCUCGCCGCUGACGCUGAGGCUGUGGCCCGCCACGACUUGCAGAUCGGUCUGGACGCGCUGGUCUCGGUCGGCGCCUUGCCGGCCGCAGUGGCGGCAGUCGAGCGAUCGCGGAACAAGGGCAACCCCAAUGUAGCGUAUGCAGCGGCGCGCGCAGUCUGCGCCCUUCAUGCGCUGAAUGCCUCACUGGACGGCACGCUCCCGCCCGAGACAGCGGCAACACUCUCCCUGGUUGUCGCCGACGCCAGCCUCUCGCAGGCCAUUGGGUACUUUGUCGGCUCCUCGCUCCAGACCAAGCCCAAGAACUGGUUCCCGCCAGCCGUGCUUCUCUCGAGCAUGUUUAUGGCUGCGCGUUCGUCAGCGGCUGCGCUUGUCCAGUUGCAGACCUUCCUCUACAAGCAGACUCAGCGUCGUGCGUCGUGGAAGUGGGUCUACGCCAUUUGCGACGGUCUCGCCUUUGUGGCGCUGACUGCGCCGGACCCGGCGAUCCGUACUCAGGCCCUUCAGGGCCGGCACGCGGACCACCUUGAUCUUCUCGACCUCAUCCAGCUGCAAAAGUUCCUCGUCCCCUCGCGAAACAAGAGCAUCCGUGCCGGUGUCGAGGCUGCCGUUCGGCGGAUUGUUUCGUGGACCGCAGAUGCUAACAACGAGCAGCUCGCGGCCGAGCGCCGAAUCGCCAAUGAGCUCCGCGCCGAGCUGGAAUCUGAGCGCGCGGCGCACCGGCUCUCGCAAACCGAGGCCAAUCUUCGAGUCGAGCACGCUACCAACGGCCUGCGCGAACAAGUCGACUUGCUCAAAGCCCAGACGGCUCGGGCGGUGUCCGAGCGCAACGACGCGCUUGCCCGCACCGACAUUACUGCCGCCACCAUUGCAAACCUUCGCGAUGCCAACGCCAACCUCAAGGCCGAGCUCGCACACGAGCAGGCAUCGGUUGCCUCGCUGAGGUCUGCGCUCGAGCUUGCACCAGAGCUGCGGGCCCACAACGAGCUCCGGUCGCAGGUCUACACGCUCAAGGCCGAGGUCGAGCGACUGCGUGCGAUCGAGGCGCACGCCGCCUCCCUCAACAAUGUCCACUCGGAAGCCACGGCGGUAGUCCACGAUCGUGCGUCGCUCGCAGAGUCGCUCAACGCUGCGCUCGCCGCCAACGACAAGCUCAUGGCUUCGCUCAAGGCGUCCAAAGCCAAAAAUGCGACGGUCAAGUCUGCUGCGCGCGAUCAAGCCCGCGAGCUGCAAGCUGCACUCUCUGCCCGUGACGACGCCGUUGCUGCGCUCGAGGCCGAGCAGGCGAAGCUUAACGGGUUCCGUGCGGCAGCUGCUGAAGAGUCUGCGGCGGCGUCGGCACGGAUUGACGAGCUGGCCGCCCAAGUGGCAUCACUGAGCGAGGUGCUGGCGAAGUCGCGGGCAGUGGCGGCCGAGGUCGAGGCAGACGCGAUAGCCGCGCGCACUGCCCGCGACGAGGCCGUAGACGCGCUUGCCGCGGCUCAACAGGCUGUUGCGGAGCAGACGUCGGCGGCAGCAUCGGCGACGUCUGCCCUAGCCUCGCUGCAGAGCGAGAUGAUGACCAACGUCCGCGAUAACCAUGCUGCGCUUGCGGCGGCAGCGGCGCGGCACGACGAAGUGGCGGCAGCGGCGGCGACGGCGACAGCCAAGCUCGACGAGCUCCGUGCAGAGCUUGCUCAGACGAGCGCAGAAAAGGCCAAGCUCGAGGCUCGCAUGCAGCAUAUUGUCGACGACCAUGCCGUGUGUGCAGACAAGCUCAGCGCUGGGGCCGAGGCCAAUACACAGCUCCGAGCCGAGGCGGCAUCGCUGGCGGCGCAGGUCGAGUCGCUCCAGGUUCGAAUCGCGGAGCUCUCCGACUCGGAUGUCAUCACCAAGCUGCAGCACAAGGUGACGGCGGCCGAGUCGAAGCUCGCCACCGAAGUUGAGCACCACGCGGCGGCGCGCGCCGCCCGCGACGCUGCACUCGACGCCGGCUCGGCGCUGAACGCGCAGUUGUCCAACGAGAGCGCGGCGCGAGCGCGCGUCGAGUCUCAGCUGGCUGCAGCGACUGCAGAUGCUGACAAGGCACACGAAGAGAUUGCGGCCCUCAAGGUGGCCAACCGCGAGCUGUCGGACAAGUACCACGCGCUGGUGAAUGAGCACAAGGACCUGCACUCGGUGCAUACGACCAAGUCGAACUCACUCACGGCACAAGAGUCGGCGACGGCAGCGCUCAAGGCACGGAUUGUCAUGCUCGAGCAGCAGCUGGGGACGGCCAAGACCGAUCUGGCCACUCUCGCAGCAAAGCACGCCCAGGUCGAACAAGCACGGAUCGCGUUGGAGUCGCAGGUGGCGGCCAAGACUGCUGCGGCAGCGGCAGCGUCGGCUGAGGUGGUGCGGCUAGAGACGGCACUGCAAGCGGCAAAGUCCGCAGCUGACGUUGCCCGCGAGAGCCACGAGGCACGACAAGCGGUUCUUGAGCAGCAGCUGAGCACGGCGGUGAAGGCGUUAGACGCGGCCAAUGCCCAGCUGGCGACGCUCGAGUCAGCCAAGCUUGUUCUCGGCGAGGACGUGAGCCAGAAGCUCAAGUCGCUGCAAGAUGCCACCGACGAGAUUGCUCGGCUCAAGGCGGCGCUGGCGGCCGCCGAACACCGCGCGGAUGAGGCUGCGGCUGCGCACAAGUCGGCAGCAGACAAGGUGACACUCGAGGCAACUAAGAGUGCCGAGCUUGAGGCCGCUGCAGCCGGCCUGCACAGCUCUAUCAACGCGCUGGAGAGCCGGUGCCACUCCGCCGAGGCGCGGGCCGAAUCGCUCGAUGCCGAGCUCCGGGCGUCGCAGGACGCGCACACCCAGACGGUGAUUGCGCUCGAGGCGGCGCAGAGUGAGGCGGCAGCAGCGGCGGCUGCGCACAAGGCACUCGAGGGCCGGAUUGAGCAGCAAGUGGCGUCGAAGCGCGAGCAGCUGUUCGAGUGGGCAGCGACGUUUGGCCCCGGCUACGCCAAGCUCUUCCGUGACAAGAUGGCGGAGGCCAUGGCGGACCGGUCCGGCAAUGAUGACGUGGCCAUGCUCCAGGCCCUGCUAACUAUCUCUGCCGCGAUGAACCGGGCGCUGCUUGAUGAGCUCACCACGCUCCGCAAGGUUGUCGCCGACGCUGACGAGUUGCGGGUCGAGUUUGCGCAUCGUUUGGCUGGUGCGAUGGAGGAUCACCUCGCCAAGAUCUCCGAAGACGCGGUGUCGGCAGCCGGUGGGGGUGCCAGCGGGUCGGACACGCUCGCGCGGCAAAUCUCAUCGGAUGUCUCGGUCAACAGCGAACUGGCGUCAACAAUUACGCUCCGCAACUUGCUUGUCAACUACGCCCACCUCUACGAGGAUGAGUUCAAGGCCCGGAUGGAGGCUAUUGCCGAGGGCCGGCUUCUCUCGCGGACGGCCAUGGUCGAGGCCGAGAUUGCGGCUCAGCUCGAGUCGUCGUUCCUCGAGCUCCGUUCUAAGCUCUCCGAGACCAAGUCAAAGGAGAAGGAGGACAAGUCGCGCAAGAUUAUGGCCUCGGCGGCCUCGAUCUGGGCCGGGCGGCCUGUCGGCCAUGCCUCGUCGUCGGACGAGACGGCCCAGGCUUCAGGCGAGGAGACUGAGGCAUGAUUGUUGCCUUGAUGCCGAUGGUCACUCUGGCUGAGCACAGCAACGCCAAAGUCAUGCGUGUAAAGGUAGAAAUAGGCUU